UGAAUGGGGACCUCCGAAGAAGGUUGAGCGGGCGGCGGAACGGGCGCGAUCUCGGUGAAUGGGCGUGGAAAGGGGCGUGGUCUCAGCCCCAAGAGGCCGCUUUAAGGCUACGGUGGUCCCCACGCGCUGCAUCGCCGCUUUAAGGGAGCGCGGGCUCAUCGGAAGGGGCGUGGUCUCAAGAUAGGGGGCGUGGUCUCAAGAUAGGGGGCGUGGUCUCAUCGGACACAGGGGCUGGGAGUCCAACAGAUGGACCCCACCCGAGACAUCGCCGCUUUAAGAGGGCGCGGUCUAACAAGAGUCUCUAUGGUCUCGUUGCAAGGGUGGACCCCACCAGGCUCAUCGCCACUUUAAGGAGGCGUGGUUUAACUGUAGGGGGCGUGGCCUCUCGUAAGUGGGCGUGGUCCCACAGAAUGGGCUUUUUCUCAGCUCGGCGUCGCCGCUUUAAGCCCCCGUGAGCGGUCCCCACCUGAUUCAUCGCCGCUUCAAGGGAGGGGCGUGGCCUCACCGGGCGGAGGCGUUGCUCCGCGAGAGGGGGGCGUGGCUUCAUCGAGCCACACGGCAUCGCCGCUUUAAGCCCCCGCGCGUGGCCCCACCGAGCGCAUCGCCGCUUUAAGCGAGCGUGGCCCAACCGCUCUCCUCCACACAAAGCCACUUCCGUUUCCCGCAGGGCGGCUUCCGGUUCCGGUCCGGCAGGGCAGGGCAUGGCGGCGCCGUGCGGCCGCCCGGGCCCUCCCGCGCCGCCGCCUCCCCCCGCCGGGCCGGGGCCGAGCUCAACUCCGGGACCUCGGGUCUGCUUCGCCGCGGGACCGGAGGGCGCGGACGGAGCGGCGGUCGGGGCGGAGGAGGCGGCGGGAGCUCGGCGAGGAGGGAAAGUGACGGUGCGGUACGACCGCCGGGAGCUGCGGAAGCGGCUGCACCUGGAGGAGUGGAUCCUGGGGCAGCUCACGGCGCUCUACGACUGCCGGG